UUCGCUUCCCAAAUUGCCUAGUAGAAGCGCAAAUCAGUUGUAAUUUAUUCUUCGAUAGAACAAGUAUUACCAUGGACAUAGUUUCAUCAAGUAUUUUAUUUCUGUUUUUGCUCAAUUUCGUCCAUCAUGCAGAAUCUAUCAAUUGUGACAAAGAGCCGUAUCACGAAGUGGGUCGCUUGAAAAAGUUCCUCUUGUGCAAUUCAUAUGACGCGAAUCAACGCCCCGUCAAGGAUAUUAAAUUUGCUGUCAAUGUAAGCGUACUGCCCGUAUUGAUGAGCUUCGAAUACGAUGAAAGCACGAAUGCUCUCAACGCAAACAUGUUAGUUACUAUGGAAUGGAUUGAUGAGAACUUGAAAUGGGAUUCUAAAGAGUAUAACAAUCAAACUACCAUAGCCAUAAGUUCGGAUCAAAUAUGGACGCCUGACUUCCAGCUCUACUCAUCAACCGUUAAGUUCGAUACCAAACAAAGCUGCACCAAUUUGCGAAGUCUGGUCAAAUAUGAUGGAACGGUAAUAGCAGUACCGACGUGUGAUUUCAGCGCCCGCUGUGAAGCCGAUUACACCGAUUGGCCGUUGGAUACUCAACGAUGUCGAAUGCUGUUUGGAGCCUGGAUGGAACAUGCUGGUGAAGUGGAUUACCAUACCCGCUUCGCUUGUCUGGGAUCCGAGCAGUCAAACAUGCAUACAACGUGGCGAGUGGUGUCCGCUAAAAAGCUAAAAAAAGAGAUAACAUACAAUAAUGUGACGUAUCCAACAUUGAUGUAUGACUACAUUCUCGAGAGACAUUCUGGCAUUCAUCUGGCAGGAAUUUUGACGCCCAUCAUUCUUCUAAUCACUAUGAAUUUGUUCCUCACUUGGCUCAAAACGGAUUCCGUUGAGAGAAAAAUAUUACUGGCGGUUUCCAUAGUAUGUCACUUCUACUUUCUGGUAUUUAUUGAAUGGGCAGUUCCUAAAACUGGAGAUACCGUUCCUGGGAUCUUGCUAUUCUAUCGUACAUCCAUCCUUAUAACGGGUAUUCUUCUCAUUCACACAUUAAUUGGAUCGGUCAUAAAAGGCCUCCAAAGUCAACCACCGAUUUUUGUAACCUUUAUAGCAGGAACGAUAAUCCGGAACAAAAUUGGAGAGUUGGUAUUUGCAGGAGAUUACAUGGAAGUGGAAUACAAGAAAUCGGAAGUUGUGCAAACCAACAGAACUGACCUCGCCGAACAUCAAAAAUGCUGGAGUUCCUUCAGUAGAAUUAUUGAUCGUGUAAUGUUUCUUGUCUAUUUGUUAGCGUAUGUUAUUUCUUUCGCAGUAUACAUUCCACUUAAAUACACUUCGCGAUUUGGCACAUAUGAGUUACACGUUCUAUCCUAUAAGGAUAUAAAUCAAUUUUAAGCAACUAUUAAUGGUUGAAUAAAAGUAUUUACAAUGUAUUCCAACUCAUA